CUCGGCGGUACUGCCAGGCAGGCAGCAGCCGCCUGGCCUCCGCGAUCUCCCCGCCUCCCGGCCCGCGGGGAGGGACGGGCCCGCCCUCCGCCCGCCCGCUGGAGAGUGAGCUGCGCCCAGCCGCCCAGCCAGCCCGCCGUUCUCCGGCCGCCGUCCGGGCGCGCGCAGCGAGCGGGCGCGACUAUGCCAAGAUGGUCCUGCAGGCGCGGAACAAGCACCGGGAGGCGGCUCCCAAGCCGCCCCAGCCGCCCCGCGCCUCGCAGUCGCCGCUGAGGGGGGCGCCGGACGUCGGCGCCGGGGAACCCGGGCCCGAGCGCGCGCCCCUGUCCCCAGGGCGCAAGGGCGCCGCUGGCAGGAAGGGGCCCCGCGCCGAGCCCGCCGCGCCGCCCGCCGGGGGCGGCCUCGGGGGGCGCCUGGCCGCCCGGCUGCGCUGGGCGCUGGGCCUGCGGCGCGCGGGGCGCGGCCGGACCUGGACCACGCUCCUGUUAGCUGUUUUUGCAGCAGUGUUGCACUGGAGCCAUAUAACACACCUCUUUGAAAAUGACCGUCAUUUUUCUCACCUCUCAACAUUGGAAAGGGAGAUGGCUUUUCGCACUGAAAUGGGACUGUAUUAUUCCUAUUUCAAGACUAUUGUGGAAGCACCCUCAUUUUUGAAUGGAGUAUGGAUGAUUAUGAAUGAUAAACUGACUGAAUACCCCCUUGUCAUUAAUACAUUAAAAAGAUUCAAUCUUUACCCUGAGGUAAUUUUGGCCAGCUGGUACCGGAUUUAUACCAAAAUAAUGGACUUGAUUGGUAUUCAAACCAAGAUAUGUUGGACGGUUACCAGAGGAGAAGGACUCAGCCCUAUUGAAAGCUGUGAAGGAUUGGGAGAUCCUGCUUGCUUUUAUGUUGCUGUAAUUUUUAUUUUAAAUGGAAUAAUGAUGGCAUUAUUCUUCAUAUAUGGCACAUAUUUAAGUGGCAGCCGAUUAGGAGGCCUGGUUACAGUGUUGUGCUUCUUUUUCAAUCAUGGAGAGUGUACCCGUGUAAUGUGGACACCACCUCUCCGUGAAAGCUUCUCAUAUCCAUUUCUUGUUCUUCAGAUGUUGCUAGUGACUCAUAUUCUCAGGGCUACAAAACUUUAUAGAGGAAGCUUGAUUGCACUCUGCAUUUCCAAUGUAUUUUUCAUGCUUCCUUGGCAGUUUGCUCAGUUUGUACUUCUUACCCAGAUUGCAUCAUUAUUUGCAGUAUAUGUUGUCGGGUACAUUGAUAUAUGUAAAUUACGGAAGAUCAUUUAUAUACACAUGAUUUCUCUUGCACUUUGUUUUGUUUUGAUGUUUGGGAACUCAAUGUUAUUAACUUCUUAUUAUGCUUCUUCUUUGGUAAUUAUUUGGGGUAUUCUGGCAAUGAAAACACAUUUCCUGAAAAUAAAUGUAUCUGAACUUAGUUUAUGGGUUAUUCAAGGAUGUUUUUGGUUAUUUGGAACUGUCAUACUUAAAUACUUGACAUCUAAAAUUUUUGGUAUUGCAGAUGAUGCUCAUAUUGGCAACUUAUUAACAUCAAAAUUCUUUAGUUAUAAGGAUUUUGAUACUUUAUUGUAUACCUGUGCAGCGGAGUUUGACUUUAUGGAAAAAGAGACUCCACUGAGAUACACAAAGACAUUAUUGCUUCCAGUUGUUCUUGUAGUGUUUAUUGCUAUUGUUAGAAAGAUUAUUAGUGAUAUGUGGGGUGUCUUAGCUAAACAACAGACACAUGUAAGAAAACAGCAGUUUGAUCAUGGAGAGCUGGUUUACCAUGCAUUGCAAUUGUUAGCAUAUACGGCCCUUGGUAUUUUAAUUAUGAGACUAAAACUCUUCUUGACACCACACAUGUGUGUUAUGGCAUCACUGAUCUGCUCAAGACAGCUAUUUGGAUGGCUCUUUUGCAAAGUACAUCCUGGUGCUGUUGUUUUUGCUAUAUUAGCAGCAAUGUCAAUACAAGGUUCAGCAAAUCUGCAAACCCAGUGGAAUAUUGUAGGGGAGUUCAGCAAUUUGCCGCAAGAAGAACUUAUAGAAUGGAUCAAAUAUAGUACUAAACCAGAUGCAGUGUUUGCAGGUGCCAUGCCCACGAUGGCAAGUGUUAAGCUCUCUGCGCUUCGACCCAUUGUGAAUCAUCCACAUUAUGAAGACGCAGGCUUGAGAGCCAGAACGAAAAUAGUAUACUCAAUGUAUAGUCGGAAAGCAGCCGAAGAAGUGAAGCGAGAACUGAUAAAGUUAAAAGUGAACUAUUACAUUCUAGAAGAGUCAUGGUGUGUAAGAAGAUCCAAGCCUGGUUGCAGUAUGCCUGAAAUUUGGGAUGUAGAAGAUCCUGUCAAUGCUGGGAAAACUCCCUUAUGUAACCUCUUGGUGAAGGAUUCCAAACCUCACUUCACCACUGUAUUCCAGAACAGUGUUUACAAAGUCCUGGAAGUUGUAAAAGAAUGACUGCUACAUGAACCGCUGCCUACGGAGAACUACAUCAGUAAUGGUUUUAAUGUUUUGCUAAGUUAUGUGUUGUUCAUAUCCCCAAAACUUUUAUAGGUAACUGUUUUCAAAUAGAAAACGUUUUAUUUGGUCAAUUUGAAUGUCAUUCUAAUUAUAAAAAUGACUUACACCUUUAUCAAUUGGUUACUAUUUCAAUGCACCCUUUAAAAUUUGCUAUGCAAAUGAGUAUAUGCUUGGACUUGACUUCAAUAUUUGUGCUAAAGUGAGCAAAGCUACCUGUAUAAAGAAAACACAAUGGGUUGUGACAAGGAUGACAUGAAAAUACAGGACAAUUCUGACAAUGUAGGGGCUGAUUUUAUAGUGUAAGAACUAUUAAUGCCCCUUGCUUCUUUUUUCUGCCUCUUGCUCUUGUCUUUUGGACAUUUCAGUGAUGAUUGUAAGUUCUUCGGUCAUGUCAGCCCCUGUCAUCAGCUUGAGUUACAGUAGAUGGGGCAGACAUGGAGUGUUUGCUAUGUAGAACUGUCUGUCUGUUUUACUUCCUUGUGCUCUUUUUGUUCUCUGUUCUCUUGUUAAUGAAGCUUUUCCUGCCCAUUAUUAAUCCAAACUCUUGGACCUUGUGGUUAGGAAAUUCCCUUAACUUCCAGCCAUGUGGCAUUAUGAUGUCUCUUUCUCUCUCUCUUCCUCUCUCUCUUGAUCUCUCUCUUCUCCUCUUCCCCACAUUUUCUGUCAAAUAAGUACUGUUUACUCAUUUAGUUGCUUAUCAAGUACUUAUUCUUGGUUUUAAAAAAAUUAAUGGUAAGUGUAUUUUUCUCAUUUUUUAGCAUUAUUCAAAUGUUUAUAUUUUAAUACCUUUAAACCACUUUAAAAUUUUUUCAUGUUUAAUCAUAGUUUUAAGAAAAACUAUUUUGAACAACCCCAAAUAUAGUGCAUCUAGAAACUAAUGUAUAUUUGAGUAGACAUCAUUUAUAGUGGAACAGUAAACUGUAGUACAUGGUAAUUUUUCUUUUACUAUUAAGAUACAAUAAAACAUGACUAAUUUUGCUGUCAAAAACGUAAAGAAUAAUGAUAAAUGGAGUUUCUAUAUUUUACUUUUAAGAUUGCCUGUCUUUAAUAAGACAAAGCCUUAAGCCUUAUGUUAUAAUUUUGGUUCUAAAAACCAUCAUUGCAGUAUAAGGAAUGAGUAUAUUUUGUCCUCCUCUUUAGUUUUUUUCUUCCUAUUUAUUUUUGUUUUGAAAAAUUUCUACACCUUCUUUGAAUUCCUUGUAUGAAUUUUUGUUUCUUAGAAGUUAAUUUGUGUGAAAUGAGAUUCUUCAAAACGAUGAAACCUCAUAGCUCUGAGAAAAGGUUUUAGGGUUUUAAAUUCUAAGCAAACCGUGACUAUGGCUGACUGACUACACAUUUAAUUAUACUGCUUCUCUUUCUUAACCACGGGCAGAUUAACCUCAUUGUGGAUUGUCCUUGAGACCUCAGUCCUCAGGCAUGGUUUCUGGUGCCCACUCCUGGAAGCCACUGUUCCCUUUCUACCUUCUUACCAGAGCCCAAGGGCAGGCCUGGUCCCGGGGAAGCAGCAGCUUGGUGACAUGAGUCAGCUGCAAAGGCUGAGGAGUGUGCCCUCAGAGAAGCACCGCCCCCAAGCCCUGCCCCAGUGCCCAGAGCUGAAGCUCCCAGGGAUGCUCCUUCCCUGGAGGCGGCCCAGGAGAGGGACUCUGGCAGUGUUCUUCAGAUUUGUGGCCACUGUUUCUCAUUUGCUGGUUGACUGUUUUUAUUUCUUAGGCUUUUGCUAGUUUUAGAAAAUGGGAAGCAGCCCAUGAUUUGUGGAUUAAAAGCAACAUUUGAGCGAUGAUGCACAACAGUCCAGGAAAAUGGGCAGUCGACACUUGAGGCUGAGGAUGGGAGUCGACAUGGACAGGGAGAGGGAGGUGCGUUCUGCUUAUCUGUGAUUGUUUCUCACCUGAGUGUGGCUGUGUACAUCCAGCAGUUACAAUUUUUAAAAAUUAUAGUUUUACAUUUAUUUUGUAUUUUUCUCACCCCCAGUAAUUUCCUUCCAAAUAAGUUCACAUGUAAUAAGUCUAAAUUCUGUAUAGGAAAAAAGCAUUAAAAAUACUAUUAUAACUUAUUCAUUUGCUGGGAACCAUUAAAAGUAGUAUAAAUUAGCUUUUUCCAGAAGGAUCCUUUUGUAGCAGUGUUUAUGAAUGUAACCCCCAGCAAAAUAUGGCUAUAUAUUAGGGGAGCCAGUUCGGAGCAGAGACCUGAAGGUCCCUGCUCACAGCACCAGCGCUGUGGAGCAUCCGCACCUUUGAUGGCAAUGCAGAUUGGUAGCAGGUUCCAUAGGCAUGACAAAACAGUAUUAAAGCUCAGUGUUUUGCAUAUUUUUAGCAUUUAAAAAUAUUUUUGCUUUAGUGUGAGGAAAGUAAGGAUGGGCAAAGAGGCAAUCAAAAUAGCUAUCGCUAUGACAUUUUCAAAAACAAAGUUGGGGCUGUAUUUCUUUAAAAAGAUAAGCCUCUAAAAAUGCUUGGCAAAAAAAAAAUAGUGUUAAAAUAGGCCAGUGAUAUUAAUGAGAAAAUGAAAGUUUGUAUCAGGAAUAAAGUGAUACUGCAUAGGAGUAUUGUAUUUUUAUGAAUUUUAUGCCAGUUGUUUACAUGUACUAUAUAUGUUAAAUAAAAAAAAUCAUGAGAAAUGA